CGUGUGCCCUCCUUGGAAUCAAUAUUGGUGGCCGCAUAGCUUAGACUAAGAUCCCGCUUCGCUGGUUGCUGUGCCGGCUGUGGGUCCAGCGCAGUUUUAUCGUUGCUCUGCGGCGGAUACUUGAUGCUGAUUAUAGUGGUGCCCUGGGCGCCGACAAGCAGAAGCAGCCCGAGUGCCGACAUUGCCUUUAAAUUUAAGAGACAGUUUAGUUUUGUGCUCAUGGUUAGUAAGGCCAUGGAAUGAUAGGAUCAUAACAAAAAUCGAUCUCGUAAUUUCUAUAGCCUCAAAAUUGAUUUCUUUAAAUAUACUUGAUUUCUAUCAUACUUGGAGUAUGAUUUAAGUUAUCAAACUUUAAAUUAGUAUUUAAGAGUGGAUCAUUGAAAGCGCAUCACUAAUUUGUUUAUAGAACAAUGACUCUGAGAAGUAUCAUACUUCCCUUUAGACUUUUGAAUCUAUUGCCUCACUUUUCUUUUACUUUACUUUCACCUUCAAUUUAAAUUCUACUCAUGGUUAGUAAGGCCAUGGAAUGAUAGGAUCAUAACAAAAAUCGAUCUCUAAUUUCUUUUGCCUCAAAAUUGGUUUCUUUAAAUAAAUUUGAUUUCUAUCAGUUCCAAGUAUGAUUUAACUAUUUCUCAAACUUUAAAUUAGUAUUUAAGGAUGGAUCAUUGAAAGCGCAUCACUAAUUUGUUUGUAGAAAACAAUGACUCUGAGAAGUAUUCUUCCCCUUAGACUUUGAAAUCUAUUGCCUCAUAUUCUUUUACUUACCUUUCUUUCACUUUCAAUUUAAAUUGUGCUCAUGGUUAGUAAGGCCAUGAAAAGAAGAUAGGUUCAUAAGGAAAUCGAUCUCUAAUCUCUAUAGCCUCAAAAUUUGUUCUUGAAUUUUGUUUAUUUGAAUAAACUUCAUUUUUAUAAUUUUCAACUAUGGUAUAAUAAUUUUCCAAGAAUUAUUCUUAACUUUUAACUACUAUAUUAUUGAUUGGUAAUGUCCUGAAGAAAGCAUCUCUAAUUUUUAGCAAACUCCGUGAAGUACUUCCCCUUUUCAAUUUUUUUUUUUUUAAAUUCAAUAAUUUUUUUUUUUAAUAAUUUCUAUUUUUUUUUUUUCACUAUAUCUUUCAAAUAUUUUCUGUGCCUCACAAUUUCAUUAGAAUUGCUUUGUUUUCACUCAUCUUAUUUUUUCCGAGUAUUUUAGAAAUAAAUUAUGCAUUUACUUCCUGAACCCUUUGAAAUACAUUCUGAUAAUAUCCAACACGAUCGAUUUCGAAGCGUAUGAAUAAUGUUUGUGGUUUAUACCAGCAUUUAUAAUAUUUUUUUUAACACUAAGAUAUGUCUAAUGUCUAUGCCUAACUUUGCUCACUUAGCCCUAAGAUUGCGGUACUUGUGGAAGCUUACAGAUCGGUUGCCAAUGUCUAUCGUAUAAGAUUACUUUUAAGAUCGGAAGUGCACAACUUGUGAUAUAGGCUGAAGAACCAUAGCAACUAAGUGUAUAUCCGAAAUCCGAAAAUAAAUUGUGAGCUGGCUUAAGAUCGGAUGCCGUCUUCAAACUGUAUAAGAAACGCGUAACAUAAUCCGAUGAGCAAAAGGAAGGAAUCAGUUUGCUUGAGAAGCGUUGUUUUAAUUCUAGAUUGAUUUUCGAUCAGUGAUCGAGAGGAGUGAAUUAAAAAGUAAAGAGAAUAUAUCGAAAUAAAUAACUGAAAAAACAGAGUGUUAUAAUAUCAAGAUGAGUGUCAUUAUUCGUUUGCAAAACUUGCCGUGGACGGCAAAUGCGCGAGAUAUUCGCAAUUUCUUCACGGGCCUCUCGAUACCAGAGGGCGGUGUCCAUAUCAUCGGUGGCGAAAUGGGCGAUGCCUUCAUUGCUUUCAGCACCGAUGAGGACGCACGCUGUGCGAUGUUGAAGGAUCGCGAGAAGCUAAUGGAGAUUCAGGUGCGAUUGUUGCUCUCGUCGCGCGCCGAAAUGCAAAAGGUGAUCGAGACGGCGCGCAAAGUGAGCGUAGCAACUGCUGCAGCGGCAACUGUUGCCGCUGUGCCAGCCACCGCAGUAGCUGCCACAGUGGCUGCAGCUGCGGCUGCCGUAGCCAUGCCCCCAGUGCCACAGCCGCCGAUCAUUGGCAGUUUCAUUAGUCAGCUGCAGCAGCAAGUGCAGCUCAAGCAGCAAUCAGCCGCUGCUCCAGUUUUAGCAGCAACCAGUGUUGCCACAGCAGCAGCUGCAGCAGCAACAGCAACAGUUCCCUCUUUCUUGGCUUACCAACAGCAGGCGGGCGUAUCGCUGGCCGAUGUCUCCAGACACUCGCCUACAGACACGUCGCCGCAUUUCAAUGCGCGACGCUCUCGCAAUCAUAUUCACAGCAGCAGCAAUGCCCGACAUAGUCGCAGCAUAAGUCGAUCGCGCAGUCGCAGCCGCAGCCGCUCGAGCAGCAGCGAUGACAGUCGCGAUAGUCGUGACAAUCGCAACAUACGCGAUCGCGAUGCUCGCGAUCAGCAUUAUCAUCGCGAUCAACGUGGACUACGCAAGCGACGCGGCGAUCUGCGUGGCGACAGCAGCGAGCGCGACUUGAAAAUGCCGCCAGCCAAGCCGGUGUUGUCGCCAUGGGCCAUUGCACCAGCAGCUGUUGCUGCUGUGGCGCCACAGUUGGGUUUGAUGUCGGUGCUGCCGCCAGGGCUGCAGAGCUACAGCAGCAACACGACCACCAACAACUACAAUCUCAAUGUAGCUGCGCCUUCGCAGCAGCAGCAGCAGCAGCAGCAACAGUUGGCUGAACUAUCAGCCGAACAGCAGCAACAGCAGCAGCAACCGAUUGCCUUUGCCAAUGUCAAUCCGUAUGCACAAAUGUAUCCGCAACUCUUUCAGCAGCAGCAGCUGUUGCUGCAACAGCAGGCAACCAAAGUGGCCGCAGCCUUGUCACCAGGCGGCAACAGUAACAACACAGCAGCAACCACAACGGAUGCUCUGGUAGGUAACAACAGCGGCAACAGCAACUCGGGUGCGCCUGUCGCCGAGACGUGCUACAUUAAGAUUAGCGGCAUGUGCACGAGCACCUCGUACAGUGAUCUACGCAAGUAUUUUGCUGGUCUCUACAUCCCACACAAUGGCAUCAAGAUUGUGAGCGGCGCCAAUGGGGCACGCACCGGGGUCGCCUACAUUGAGUUUUCUCGGGUUUCGAGUGCCCAGAAAGCGUUGGCUCGCAACAACACCAUGUUCCGGGAUCGUUUGCUGCAGAUUGUGCCCAUCGGUGAUGAGGAGUUCGAGCAGGCGGAUGAACGUUCUCAACGUGGUGGCAGCAACAGAGAAAGCGGAGCAGCUGCAACAGUUGCUGGCAAUCGUGGUGGUGCAGCUGCUUCGGGGGCACAGCCAACGCUCUUGGUGCUCUAUGUGGAAGACUUGCCACAGCUGACCACCGAACAGGACAUUAUGAAAAUGUUCUCGGCCACGUGCACCAUUGUGGACAUAUUGCUCGCGCCCAGUCCGAACAAUCGUCGCGAGUUUGUCGCCUUUGUGUUGUUUGCUCGCGAGAAUGAAGCGCGUUCCGCUUUGGAAGACACUUCGAGGCAUUAUAUUGGCUUUAGAAAGUUGCGUGUGCGUGGCAGCAACCAGCUGGAGAUGCAGAAUGCCAAAGAGAAGAUGCGGAGAGCCAACGAGCAGCUGCAGAAGGAGGAGCAGCAGCAGCGUGAGGAUGCUGAGCGCGAGCAACAAAAGCAGCAGCAACAACAACAGCUGCAGCAACAACAGCUACAGCAACAACAGCAGCAGCAACAAUUGCUGCAACAACAGCAGCAACAGGAACAGUUGCUGGCGUUGCAGGCCAAAUUCAGCAGCGAUCCAAGACGACGCAACAACAAUGAGCCUCAACAGCAGCAGCAACCACAGCUGCAACACAACAACAAUAACAACAACAACAAUAUGCCUCCCUUUGGCAACAUGCCUUUUGCCUUUCAGCAGCAACAACAGCUACCAAAUAACAAUGCCAACAACAACAUGCACAACAAUGGCAUGCACAUGAACAACAACAACAAUAUGGGACCAGGUCCAUUUGCCAUGAACAACAACAACAACAACCAGCCACCGCCUCGCCAAGAGGAUGUCUUUGUGCGUGUCCACAACUGUGAAUAUGCCACACGCAUCAAUGAUCUCGGCGAGCUUUUUAUGACCGAAAAUCUGCGCAUCGAGCACAUUGAGAUGCUCUUCAAUGAUCGCAAUCAGAGCGCCGGCGAGUUCAUUGUCGAGUUCGGGGAUGCGCACAAUGCCAAAAUUGCCAUACGUGAGUUUCACAAUCGUCGUUUUCGUGGGCGUGGUCUGCGCUUGGCGCCCAUCACGCCGCAAGAGAUUGCGGAUCGCAUGAAUAAACCGUUUAUGAACUAUUUGCCCGGUGGCAAUGGGCCACGACAAACGGACAAGACACCAGCGCCCAUGCAACAGCAGCAGCAGCAACAACAACAACAACAGCAGCAGCAGCAACAAUCGUCGCGUCGUCGUGGUCCAAGUCGCUUCGAUGAUGCUGACAAUCGCAACAACAACACUGGCAACAAUCCUCAGCAAUCGCUGCCACCGUCACAUGAUAGCGACGACAGCAACAGCUCCAAGCAGCAGCACUUUAAUCCCUUUGCCGCCCGUGGUGCGGGUCCCGAUGAUCUGCUGCCGCCUCCUAUUACUGCCCCGCUUAUGAAUGGCGGCGAUGGUCCGCCUGCUAACAAUGUCAAUGAUGAUGGCAUUCCCGAGAAAUUUACGCGUCCUGGCUGCGUCGUCGCUAUGCGUAAUGUGCCCUUCAAGGCGGAUCUGAAGGAUAUUCUGCGUUUCUUUAGCGACUACAAACUGAGUCCCGAGGAUAUUCUACGGCGUUUCAAUGACGAGGGCAAACCCACGGGCGAUGCUCGUGUUGCCUUCGAAUCGCAGUCGGAGGCACGUUCCGCUUUCGAGUCACGGCGACGAAAGCAAAUUUUUAAUCGCACUAUUUAUUUGGAUAUUAUUUAAAG